GUAGGCUGUGAUAAUGGGAUGCCCAGCCUAUUUUAGAGUGAACGCUAUAUAAGAGGGGUGUACAUUGCGAAAAACUAUUCUGACCUAAAAGAGGGCAACAUACUUCAACCAUGAUCCUGUCAGCUUGUUUGUGCCUGGUCCUGCUCAACUUGGGGUUGACAUCCGCAGUCGUCCAUGAUAGUGAUGAUAAGGCCACAGAAAUCAAUUACUAUGUAGUAAUAAAUUUUCAGCGGAGAUACAAUGACGAUUUUCCUGCUCUGGAGAAAAAACUUGAGGACGCAUCACGACAAUGCGAACUGAAAAUCAACACAACGAUCGAUACCUGUUUGGCCUGUAUCAAAAGAAACCAAAAUUCUGGCCAUUCACCAGGAAGUGUCGGAUUUGAUCAAGUUAUUUUAGGUAUUAUCCCAGCCCCCUUCCGUACUGGGUUGGACAAGUUUGGUAAAGGAUUGAAUUUCGCAAAGAAAAUCCCAAAUUUUAUUACAGGCACCAUUCCAAAGACAGCCGAAAACGUCGGAAAAGAGGUCGGUAAAUUUGUCACUGGUACGAUUCCGAACACUGCCAAAAAUAUUGGCAAGGAGUUUGGUACAUUCUUCACCGGCACAUUACCUGGAGUUACUAAAAAUGUAGGAAAGGAAUUAGGCACAUUCUUCACCGGCACGAUACCGAAAGUAGGCAAAACAAUCGGCAAUGGCUUCAAAAGUUUUGGUAACUCUUUGAAAGGUAAUUAUCCAAUUAUAUAUUCAUAAAAAUAUAGUAAAUUU